ACGCGGAAGGUUACAGUCUCACUCGGCCGGAAGUAGCAUUCAUCUGGUUUGGUAUACAAGCGUUAUUUUCCCCCAAAGAAACCGAAUUGGCCGGUGAAACAUUCGUUUUUGCGUGAUACUAAGCAUUUUAAUGUCACCCUUCAUUCCGGUCCACAGUUUGUGACGCUAAGGCACCGCACAGCCUGUGUGCCGACCGGCCUAUAAAGAAGGAGAACAGUCACGAGCGUAAAGUAGUCCCAGUCCAGCCUUCGGUGUUAGCCUUAGCAUUAGUAGCGGUCGCCAUUUUCCCUUCUGACGCCCAGAGACGGUCGGCGCAUUUUCAAAAGGAUUGAAGCGUAAAAAAAAAACCUCGCAAAGAAAUCACAAUGGUCAAAAUAUUCGUGGGGAACCUGUCGCCCGAGACCACAUCAGACGAGCUACGCUCGCUCUUUUCCCAGUAUGGCAAGAUUGCCGAGUGCUCCAUCCUGAAGAGUUUCGGCUUCGUGCACAUGGACAGCAAGGCGGAGGCGGAGGAGGCCAUCCGCAACCUCCACCAGUAUCAGCUGAACGGCCAGGCCAUGAACGUGGAGCUGAGCCGCGGCAAGACGAGAGGCUCCACCAAGCUCCACGUGGGCAACAUCGCCUGCACCAACCAGGAGCUGCGCGCCAAGUUCGAAGAGUACGGCGUGGUGGUGGAGUGCGACAUAGUUAAAAACUACGCCUUUGUUCACAUGGAACGCAUGGAGGACGCCAUGGAGGCCAUUAAUCAGUUAGACAACACUGCUUUUAAAGGCAAACUGAUGAGCGUGAAGCUUUCGACUAGCCGCCUCCGUACUGCGCCGGGAAUGGGAGACCGAUCGGGUUGUUAUCGUUGCGGGCAGGAAGGCCACUGGUCCAAAGAAUGCCCGCUAGAUCAAAACGGCUACCACAGAAACGGCUCAGAGCCAAACUCUGAUGGAUUCGAUGCCUCGAGAUUUGACGGGCGUGCUCAGAACCGGGCUUUUCAACCGGGCUUCAGCGGCGCGGAAGGGGAAUUUGGCGCCGGCUACGUUCCUGCGCCGGGCGUUUCCCGCGGCGCCGGUCACAGCAGCAACGUGGCGGCGUACAGACCGGGUCCGGGCUUCGAGAAUGCAGCGAGAUUCGGGCCGCAUCCAGGUUACGCCGUGUCCGGCGCCGGGGCAGCAUACCAGGGCGACGGCUCGUUCUAUGGCGCGGUACCAGGGUUCCCGGUGCGGCGGUCGCCUUACGAGGAGCGAGAUCCGUACGGAGUGGUGGACUACUACGGGAAGUACAGGGCCAAUAUGUACGGCGCCGGGUUUUACGAGGAACAGCGCGCCGUGCCUACGCCUGCUCCGACAGCGUCGACCACUACGCCUGUUAUGAGGGAACGCGCGGCGUCGUCUAGCACCGACACGUUUCAGUGCCCUCAGGUCCCUGCUGCGCCCGCGACGGCACCGGUGGCCCCAUUCCACACACGUGACCGGAGUCCGAUUCGCCGAGUCCCCGCCGAGGGCGAAGGAUACACGUUUCCGGGUACGCAGAUCCCCACGGUGGCCAAUACUACCAAUAAGUACUACCUCUAAAGUAUCCGCGGGAUCCCGGCGACGUUUCUCACACGGCCGACACGACAGCUGACGUCGUGGCCGAGCGUAACCAUUUAGCAAGUCGCCGGUAAGAAUUAGCGAAUGGGGGGGAAAUCCAGUUGGUCAUAUGUCAAAUGAAAAAUAUCCACAUCCCAUUCAACAAGUGUCCCAAGUUUGAGAUCCACAAAGUUGGUGCGGCGACGUUCGCGCGCACACCACUCCAUUUGAAAGUAGCAACAUUGGUUCCAGUCAAUGUAAUAUAAAUUAGUGCAUGCCGAAUGUAUUUUUCUCCUGACCCCUGACCCUUACCCCCCCCCCCCCCCUUUGGACAAGUAAUGAUUUUUUUUUUUUUUUUUUUUUUUUUUGCUUUUUAGUGUAGUUGAGACUAACAGUGUAGUGACGUUUGAGGCAAUGGUGUAACAUGUAAAUAGUCUGCUUAAAUUUCCUACAAUUUGCUUUAGAUGUCGCAUUUAAAUGGGCCCAACUGUUCUAGUGCGAUUGCCUCCAUUUCUUUUCCCUGUGCAGUUGAUUAGGAAUGUCUUUGGGUUACAGUUUAAAAUUUGUGAGAUAGCUGUAAAUUCUCUUUCCCACCCCAUCCCAAUUAUUCCCUGGAAGUUUUGAUUUCAUAUUGACCUUUUUGAUGUCUUUGUUGCCUCUAAAAAUAAAUGUUUGAAUGCAA